GAAGCAUCCCUCCAUCAUGCGUAUCUUGAUCAAGGGUGGUGUGUGGAAGAACACAGAGGAUGAGAUCCUCAAGGCAGCCGUGAUGAAGUACGGCAAGAACCAGUGGGCUCGUGUGGCAUCUCUCCUGGCUCGCAAGUCGGCCAAGCAGUGCAAGGCGCGUUGGUACGAGUGGUUGGACCCAAGUAUCAAGAAGACGGAAUGGAGUCGUGAAGAAGAGGAGAAGCUGCUUCACUUGGCCAAGUUGAUGCCAUCACAAUGGCGAACGAUCGCUCCAAUCGUAGGACGUACGGCUGCGCAAUGCAUGGAACACUACGAGAAGCUGCUCGACCAGGCACAAUCCAAGGGCGCCGACGGCGAUGAGGUCGCCGUCGAAGAUCCGCGUCGCCUGCGUCCAGGCGAGAUCGACCCAAAUCCAGAGAACAAACCUGCGCGUCCCGAUCCUAUCGACAUGGACGAAGACGAGAAGGAAAUGCUGUCGGAAGCCCGGGCGCGUUUGGCCAACACCAAGGGCAAGAAGGCGAAGCGUAAAGCGCGCGAAAAGCAGCUACAGGAAGCCAAGCGGCUGGCGAGUCUUCAGAAGCGCCGCGAACUCAAAGCGGCCGGCAUCACCGCGGACAAGUCCAAGCAGAUGGGCAAUCUCCGGAAGAAGCGCAAGUUCAUCGACUACGUCAAGGAAAUUCCGUUUGAAAAGAAAGCUCCCGCGGGUUUCUACGACACGAGCGCCGAACGCACCAGCGCCGUGGCCCUGGACCCCAAGCAGACCGCGCUGUACCUGAAUCAACUGGACGGAGUCCACCGCGAUGCCGAGGAGAAGCGCGCACGGCGCGACGACGCGAAGCGUCAAAAGAAGCUGCUGUCGUCGGCGUUGCCCCAGCAGAUCGCCGCGAUCAACAAACUGAACGACCCGAGCUCGUUCAUCAAGCGCAAGGCGCUGGACCUGCCCGCGCCCUUGGUCACGAACGACGAGUUGGGGCUGCUGGCCAAGCAAGGCGCCACCGACGCCGCCCAAGCCCAACUUCUCGCGCUGGAACACUCAGCGCAGACUUCCACGGCGCUUGUGGCCGUGUACGAUCCGCUGGCGACCCCCGGAGGCCCGAGUGCCACGCCGGCACGCGCCGCGUACACGCCGCAGAUGUCGGUGCGGGAAACCAUCAUGCAAGAAGCGGCCAACCUCGCCGCCAUGACCCGCGCGCCGACCCCGCUGUUGGGUGGGGACAACGUCGAGUUGCAGCAAGGCACGGGGUACGGAGGCAUCACCCCCAGCCGGACCCCAGGUCCCCCGUCGUCAGUCCUACGUACGCCCAACUCGUCCUUGCGCACGCCCAUGCGCGACAUGCUCGGCAUCAACCCGGAAGGCGGCGAAGGAGUGGACGAGUCGAAGCGCGCAGAGAAAGCGCGGCUCCGGGCCAAAGCCGCGGCGCUGCAAGGCGGGUUCGCGUCGUUGCCCGCGGCCGAGCACGAGUACGAGAUCAACCUGCCCGACGUGGCGGCGGCCGACGACGACGACGACACGACGCGGGUGGAAGACGCGGGGGAACGAGAUGCGCGGAUGGCAAGGGAGGCGGCGGCGGACGCGGACAAGGCGCGCCUGCGUCGGUCCAGCGUGUUUCAAAAGCAACUGCCCAAACCAUCAAUGGCAACGUCUACUGUAUUGAACGACGACCCUGCGAUCCAAAAAGCAUUGGCGGCCCUCCUAGUCUCGGAUGUGGGUGACGUCAAGAAGAAGCGAAAGCGAGGCCAGACUGCCACGUCAUCCGAUGCAUUUACUAACGACGAGCUGACCGUGGCUCGGAAUCUCGUGGCGCUCGACGCCAAGUUGUACGGCGGCGCUGUCCUCGACGUGAAUGAAGUGUGGCAGACAGCGCAAAAGCACACGAAAGAGCUGGCGCCAGGCCAACUGGUGGACUGGGACGACAUCUCAGUAGACCUUCGCAUCCAAGUUCUGGCCAAUGAGUUCGCCGUGCUCAAGGACGUCGAGGCCAAAUUGGCCAAGAAGGCCGACAAACUCGAGCACAAGGCCGGGCUGCUGCACGGGGGCUACGAAAACGUAUGCGCUGGCUACGGCACGUCCCUCGAGAGCACCCACCAAGCGUGGCUGCACAAGUCGCGGGAAUUGCACGCGUUUAGCCAGAUCCGACUCGUGGAGCAGCUGGCGCUGCCUCGGCGGUUGGAGUCGCUCGGGCGGGAAGUGGACCUGCUGCAGCUACGCGAGGUCGAAUUACAGAAACGAUACGCGCUGCUGCUGGAAGAGACCGAGGCCGCGACUGCCGAGACGUAGUUGAGAUGCUUUUAAUCAAUGCCAGAAUUUGCAAGCGCUCACAGUGUCUUUCGCUGUCCGACGCAUAUACGAGUGACGUACACCAAGUAAUACUAGCUAAUUUUAUCGCAA